AUGGAAGGACGCAUCUUCUGCAAGACAACAGCGGAGUAUCGGACGCGUGACCAGCUGCUUUUGGAUGCUGGACUUCCAGAGGACAUCCACCAAGAGGUAGAGGUCUUUGUAGGCUUCGAUGAGGUUCCUAUUUCUGAAGGCGCCUGGACACACCUAUUCCCAGGUUCUCAGGUUGCCAUUCUACCUACAGGCCUCGGCCCUCCACCGGAUCGCCCACUUGGCCAACAGCUACUUGACAGAGCUCUGUGGAGCGAGAACUUCUGCAAUUCUGUUCUGCAAGAGGCCACAGCCUAUUGUGUGGUCCGCGAUGCUGCCUCUCACCUUUACCUGCCCGCACAACACAGCCCCAUCCAAUACCGAAACCGCCUCGCACACACAGUCGGCGUUGACCCCGGCACCAUGCGCAUACAGGCUGCUCAGCCACAGUUGAGAGAUGCUGAUAUCGAGGGUCAUGCCUGUCGCUCGGUGCUUGCAGUGGCGCUCGGAUCAGAGGAGGACCAUUUGGGCCCCUGGCACAGCUGCCUUAUUGUUGACUGUCGCUCAAUCGGCGGCUCCUGGUGUGCUCUUGUAUCCCGCAACGGCUAUUUGCCGCUUGGAGAGCUUGACUGGGCGGUAGGAGUAGGGCCCCCCCUAGGCUGGGAUCUCCACGUUGAUGCCGAGGUUAUCGACGGGCAACUCCAAACUAGGCCAGGACAAGUUUUUGUGGUGGAGUUCGUGCGAUCUGCCGAUGCCUCACAGCCUUCCAUGCCUGCGGUUCCAGCUAGUACUAUGACAGACGAUGUUUCCCAGGACUCCGCAGUGAACGCUUAUGAAGACCAGGCUGCGUCAAGUGACCCAAUCAGGGGUGAAGUGGCCGCUCACCCCAGCUUUGGGGCGCCCAGAGACACACAGGAGGACUGGAUCCCAUUCCAAAUUUUUGCUCAGGAAUACUGGCCGGAAGCAGUCAGUGUCAGGUUGCGACUGCCCAUGAGUCCGGGCGACGCCUGUGCCGCAGUAGCGCAAGCAAGGGAAGCUCAGGCCCAGAGACGUAGCCCGAGGCUAGUCGCCGUCUCUCCACAGCCAUUGGCUUCACAGGCGCGUAUCUUUGCUGCGAUUGUUCCUCACAGGCUUAGAUGCGACGACCUCCUGAGGCUGGCAGAGAUCCCCGAGACAGAACACUGCCAGAUCUAUGUGCAUGACGUACCUUGGCCUGUGCAGCCAGACUCUGUCAUAGUCCCCAAUGAGGGCGAUCUCGUCAUCAUCCGCAAUGUGGGAGAUGAACAUGAAUACCUCCCGGAGCUAGCCAGUAUGCUCCAGCCGGGCCAUACUUGGGACACAGAGCUCCAGCUCCCUGGAGCCGACCCAGGCAUAGUAUGGGUUCUGACAGACGGGGUGAAUACCGCCGUGCCGAUCCAGAGGGACAGUUUCGCGCGGGAUAAUGCUGCUGUUUCAUCUGCCCUGGGUCUUGUGACCGGCCAGUUUCUUCUGGUUCCAACCAUUCCGGGAAUAGAGGACCAUGCCAGAGCUGGCACCCGAUCCGAGAACGUCCAAAUUGCUUGCCAGACGGCACACUUCAGCAGUGACAGCAUAG